CCGGUAUUGAGCUAUCUUUUACACAAGGGCGGACUGUUCAACCUCCGCCAAAUCUCGAGACCAUGGAAUGCCAUCCUCUUAAUACUAAUCGACCAUUCCCAUUACCCGUCUCCCCGGUGCUGUCUCCCUGGGCAUGCUGCGACUCCGCUUCGCAAAGCAUCUCACAAAGGCGCGCCGUCAUGUCUGUCUACCCUUGACCGCACCCUCGAAUGCCUUGAACAGUCCACGCUGGUUGCAAACUGCGGCGAGACAACAUGCUGGCCGAGCUGCCGCCCAGCAUGGCGCACCCGGAUCGGCGCGGGCCAACAGCCAUCGCCGUAGGGCAGUUCGUGGUCAGCUGAAGCUGCCGCCCACGGACCUGCUUGUACGCACCCUGCGGGGCCGAGGGGAGCCCGUGACAUGGGAUUCUUGGGAGAAGGUCCGCAUGGUUGCCCGGUCACGGAGCACACGACUUCCCGUAGUGGUCCACCAGCUGCUUUUGAGGCAGGAUGAGGCCAGGAUGGAGUCGAGUAUCUCGGCAUUCCUCAGGGACCCGUCGAUAUGGCAGAGCCGUCUCAAGGGUUUGGCUCACAGGGGUCUCGACCAGAGCGACCUGGACCACUGGCUCUGGAUUCUGGGCGCAGAAGACACAGACACCAAAGUCGAGAGAUUCGUAUCGACCGAUCGCCAUAAACCAAUCUUCGUGCUUAUGGCAAUAUUGCGCGCAGAUGAAUACAUGCGCAAGGGCUCAUCCUUGGUGAAAUUGUACGACUACAUCGCGAGGAACUACUUACGGUUGGAUCCCACCGUCCCACAGGAUCGUUCCAAGAGAUCACGCCCCCUUGACAACGCUUUCAACAUGACAGCCGCACACUUCAUGGUCAUUGUGAAACGACUUGUACACCACUGCUUGAAGACAUGGCCUUCAUCCAUAGUCACGGUCUCCAGGCUGGUGGUCAGUUAUAUGCGGACCAUCCCGCCCGACACCAGGCCCAAAAAGACUAACCGCCGCACUGGCUAUGGUGUCCGCUGCAGUGUAUUCAACCACGCGUUGUGCAGCUUUCGGAAGGUCUCAUCUUUGAGUCCAUUGGGCAAUCUUCAUCACAACUGGAAGGCACAGAAGAUCUUGCUUGGCUUCUCUGCCGGUCUGCCGCGGCCACUGACCAUCAAUAGGUGGAGCUACAGGGCCAUCAGGGUCAUCCUGCUUGGACUGAAGAAAUCGCAGGCAGAGAGGAGAACGGCCGUCCGCCACGUGCAGACCUGGCCGCCGUACAGGAAACGACUGGAUGGGACAGAAGAGAGGGAAGACCCGGAGAACUGGUUGAGCAGAACCGUCAAGGCUGGAAUACUCAAGAGACAUGAUGGAUAUGCUGACGAUUUGUCGGAUCCUGCGCUUGAAACCCUGGGCGGCCAUGCACUCGGUGACUCCAUCACCAUCCAAACACGUUCAGGGGCGCCAAGGUUUUGGUCUGGCAAACACUCCUCUUUGUCAGUCUUCUCGACCUGGGCUGCCAAGGUCAAGGCAACCAGAAACGCUUACGAGGCCUGGCAAUUGUGUCAAGAGCCCCCGCUGCCCAAUAUCAGACCCAACUUCCAGGUGUACGCGGAGAUGUUCGCGAAGCUCUUCUCUGCGGAGAUCGAUUAUACCUCGUCGAUCCUCCCAGGGACCGCCAAGGAGGUUUACCCCCCGAACCAUAUCAACCUUACAGAGUUUGAACGCGAGCGAUUGCGUCCAUUGUCCGUUGACGAAUUAUACGAGAGAAUGCUACGUGAUGGAAACCGGCCAGUGAAACACUGCCUAGUGUUGCUGGUCCGCAAUGCGCCGACGGUGGACAAGGCUGCGCAAUAUCUACGCGACAGCCCUCUGGACAGGGAAGCUGUUGAGUGUCUGACGCAAGCACUGAGCCCCACCCACGACAGUCUGAAGCAAAUCCCGGUGCGUGUCUUUGACGCAUAUGUGGGACUGCUCUGUGCUCGGCAGGCUCGCCGACGAUGGGUUCAUGAUCCCAACGCGGCCGGGCACACGCCGCGGCCAGAAGUCCUCGCAGGAUAUGACCGCAUAAAGCGAGCGGUCCAACUCGUGUGUAUUCGUGCAGGCCCGAGGCGAGCGCCGGCGCCGGCGCCCUGGCACACGGUCAUGCGGGCACUGGCACACCGCAAACUCGUCCUCAAGCCCUGGCGCAGCCAAGCGCAAGACGACAUUGAUGCCCUGGGCAUGAUGCUGUCGCUUUUCAACGCGUACAAGAUGAGCGAGGGCAUGCAUCCCAUCCCGUUUUACUGCCUCGCCCGCUGUACCUUAAAGGCCCUUGGACCCGAUGGCGCCCCUGCUGCACAGAUCAAGAACGCUGAGCGAUUCAUUGUGACUGCCCAUCAGGCACUCAAGUCCACCUUGAGGGAGUUGACGUCGCCGGUUCAGGCGCCCAGUCACAGUAUCGCGGACUCGCUACCGCCGCUGUAUCACGAACUCAGCGCGGCGCAUAUCCACACGUACAUGGAGACACUGGCACAGCUCGGAGACGUUGACGAGGCGGUGCAGGUCAUCGAAUGGGUGCUUCUGUCUUGGGAACAGAGCCCUGACGUCCUGGCACAAGCCAGGGACCCGCACCACAAGCAGUGGGCAAUGCUGGGGGAGGCGUUUAUUUGUUUCCGGGCAUUUGCUGAUGGGCGGGUCUCUGAAGAGAUCAUGAGUAGGAUCGAGGCGAGAUUUGAGGAGCUGAAAGGCAAGGGCUCUACCUGGUUGUGGCCCAGGGAGCAAGAUGUUGAGGACUAUGUUGAGCGGAAGAGCGAGGAGGAGAGUACUUAGUAUGUACUUAAGGUGAAAUCGCCAGAACACAGACGUUCAGAGGAGCACAAAAAUACAUGUGGCGUCAGCACUCUGCA